AAGAAAGCGUCCAAUAAGAGACAAAGGGGAGCGCAGAAGACUUGCUCCAAUGUUUUCUCCAUGUUUGAGCAGUCACAGAUACAAGAGUUCAAAGAGGCUUUUGGUUGCAUUGACCAGGACAGAGAUGGCGUUAUUAAGAAACAAGACCUGAAGGAGACCUAUGCACAACUGGGAAAGCUAAACAUAAAGGAAGAAGAACUGGAUGAGAUGUUGAACGAGGGCAAAGGUCCCAUCAACUUCACCGUCUUCUUAUCGCUGUUUGGCGAGAAACUCAAUGGGACCGAUCCGGAAGACACCAUCCUCGCCGCCUUUAAGCUCUUCGACCCCAAUGCAACGGGAUUCGUCAACAAGGAAGAAUUUCGACGAUUAUUGAUGAACCAGGCGGAUAAAUUUACAGCAGAAGAGGUGGAUCAGGCAUUUGCGCUGGCUCCCAUCGACCCGACAGGGAACAUUGACUACAAGUCUCUCUGCUACAUCAUCACCCACGGAGAUGAGAAGGAAGAGUCGUGA